CAGCAUAGAAUGAAAAACUUAAUGAAAUAUCUGAAAAUAUAACGUAUUUUUAUAUAAACGUAUAUAUAAUAUUUUUUUUUUCAAAGAAACCAACUUAUCGAGCUAUAAUUGGUUAAAACGAGUGAGUUAUUAAUAUAUUAGUCUGGCUAGUUUUAAUAAACAGAUUGUUGGUAUUGUAAUAAAUCCUGGUUAGAAAAUAUGUCAGGAUCUGACGAAGAGGAUGUGAAGUUAGGUGAUUCUGAGGAAAAGCAGGAGGAAGAUUACUCAGAAGAAACAGCGUCAGAACAACACAAAGUUGAACCCUGCUCAUUAACACAGGAUGUAAUAGGACAGAAACUUUCCUUAUUGUGCCGGACAGGUGAUGGACUUUCUCAUGCAUUUGUCAGACUUGACCUACAAAACAGGAAUUUGGCAGAUAUUGUCUUAUUGAGUUCAUUUGUCCAUCUGCGUUUCCUGGACAUCUCAUCCAACUACCUGACAGACCUUUCUCCACUGGCUAACCUGACUGAACUUCUUUGGAUAAAAGCAGAUAACAAUUGUAUUCAGAGUGUUCAAGGUCAGCCAUUCAGCCAGCUUCCUUAUCUGCAGUGGCUCAGCCUCAAGUCCAAUUGUUUGAGUGAUACAGAGGGCCUUGGUGGGUCUGCACUGGAAAGCCUUAAUCUUACAGGUAAUACCAUUGAGAAAGUGUCUGGCCUUGAUUAUAACAACCUGACCAAUCUACUAUCUUUGGAGCUGAGAGGAAACCAUUUAGAAACUACAGAUGGUAUUUAUCUCCCCAACCUGCGUUGUCUUUAUCUGGCCCAGAACAGAAUAAAACGAUUAGAAGGACUGGACAAACUGGAGCAUCUAACAAUCCUUCACCUUAGAGACAACCAGCUAGAGACACUGGAUGGAAUCAGUCCCAGUAUGAAAUCUCUGCAGUAUCUUAAUGUCAGAGGAAACAUGGUAUCUUCCCAGCAUGCAUUACAAAGCCUGAUGGGUGUUGCUCACUCAUUACGGACCCUCGUGCUGGCAGACAACCCUCUGUCAGAGACAGAGAAUUACAGGCUCAUUGUCAUCUCAAGCCUCCCUCUUCUUGAAAAACUAGACAAGGUUCAUGUCUCUUCUGAGGAGCAGACUGAAGCUGAAGAAAGAAUCACGGAAUUCCAGAACAUCACAAAACAAGAAGACAAUUUAACAAGCCAAUAGGGAGCAAAGCUGCAUUCACUUGUCUGCAGUCCUGCUGCAGAAGAAAU